GGGGAUCCUGCGGGUGGUGGCGCUCCCGGUAUGACGGUGAGGGGAUGGACAGCGCGCGGCGUCUCGGCGGCAGCAUCAUCCUGAAGCCCUGUUGCUUCCCUUCAGCCGGGAGUGGGCGAGGACCGCGCCGCAGACCCCGAAGCAAAUAGGAGACGCUCGCGGACUUGCCGCCUCCCCUCAGCCCUCCCGGCCGCCACCUCCCCCGUGCCUGCGGGUGGGCAGCGGCCACUUCAGUUGCGCCCGAAAACAGGCAGCGCCCCAGCCUGCCCCACCGCUAUCCCGCGGUGCGGCGGCACGGGUGACUAUGUCCCUCGCAGCCAAUCUGCCGACGGUGCCAGUCCCGCACGCCCCGUGGUGCCUUGGUGCCGGCGGAGCCUACUCGCUGCGCCUUGGGGGUCAGAGUGCCCUCGAUCCCCAGGAACCUCCAGAACGGGCUUCCUCCGCCCCACGCUGCUGCUCCCUGAAUGUCUUCCCUGUUGCCUAUAUUUCAUGUGAAAGAAACGUGCGUGUCCUGUAAUAAUCUACUGGCAUCCUUCUUCAUCAUCUGAUGCAUUGCACUGGUAUGCUGUUUUCUGGCUCCUCUAAGAAGAUAAUUUCUAAAUUUUACAGUUUUGAGCUACUUGAGGUUUGCAUUCACCGUGUUAGAUCGUGCAGCAGCAUUGGCUUUAUAAAAUCAAAAUACGUGUGCCUGUUUGACAAAGCUGCCCUCAAGUUUAGUCAUCAACAGCGAUUGUUCAGAACAUCUGCUGUUUCAUGUGGCCAAAUUGUCCAGUUUAAGCUUUCUGACAUUGGAGAAGGGAUUACGGAGGUGACUGUGAAAGAAUGGUACAUAAAAGAAGGUGACAGCGUGUCUCAGUUUGAUAGCAUCUGUGAAGUACAAAGCGAUAAAGCUUCUGUUACUAUUACUAGUCGUUAUGAUGGCAUCAUUAGAAAACUCCAUUACAAUUUAGAUGAUAUUGCUUAUGUUGGAAAACCAUUAGUGGACAUUGAAAUUGAUGCUUCAAAAGGUGUUGCCCCAGAAGAAGAUGUUGUUGAAACACCUCCUAUGUCUCAUGAAGAGCACACUCACCAAGAGAUAAAAGGUCACAAGACAUUAGCAACCCCUGCAGUUCGUCGUCUGGCCAUGGAGAACAAUAUUAAAUUGAGUGAAGUUGUUGGAACGGGGAAAGAUAACAGAAUCCUUAAAGAAGACAUACUCAAUUACUUGGCCAAACAAACAGGAGCUAUUUUACCUCCAUCACCAAAGGCUGAAAUUAUGCCACCUUUGCCAAAAUCUAUGCCAGCUGCUCCAAAGGACAAAGCACGUAAAAUUCCUGUGCCUUUUUCCAGACCCAUUGUGUUUUCAGGAAAAGACAAAACUGAACCUAUAACAGGUUUUCACAAGGCAAUGGUGAAGACUAUGAGUGCAGCCCUGAAGAUACCCCACUUUGGUUAUUGUGAUGAAAUUGAUUUGACUCAGCUUGUUCAUCUGCGAGAAGAGCUGAAACCUGUAGCACAAAUCCGUGGAAUUAAGCUUUCCUUUAUGCCUUUCUUCAUAAAGGCUGCCUCUCUGGGAUUGUUGCAGUACCCCAUUCUUAAUGCUUCUUUGGAUGAAAGCUGUCAAAAUGUCACAUACAAGGCUUCACACAACAUUGGAGUUGCUAUGGACACAGAGCAAGGUUUAAUUGUCCCAAAUGUGAAAAAUGUUCAAGUCUGUAGUGUGUUUGAGAUUGCUGCUGAAUUAAAUCGCCUACAGUCCUUGGGCUCUGCAGGCCAAUUGGGAACAAAUGAUCUCUCUGGGGGAACAUUCACCCUUUCAAAUGUUGGCACAAUUGGUGGCACUUACACCAAACCAGUGAUACUACCUCCUGAAGUAGCCAUUGGAGCACUUGGAAAGAUACAGGUUCUUCCUCGGUUUAAUGAAAAAGGUGAAGUAUUUAAAGCACAGAUAAUGAAUGUGAGUUGGUCAGCUGAUCACCGCAUCAUUGAUGGAGCAACAAUGGCCCGGUUUUCUAACCUGUGGAAAUCUUACUUGGAGAACCCUGCCUCGAUGCUGCUAGACCUUAAAUGAAGGAAACUAUGGAUAGAAUAUGCCUUCAAACGUUUUGUGGAUUAAACUGAAUAACUACAAAAGCUGGCUCUGCUAGCAUGUACCCUUUGCUACUCACAUUAUAUAACUCUUUUAUGUGGUUGAAGUUCUCAACAGUUGAUAUCAAUCUAUCAAUUAGUUGUUACUUUUCAUUAGUGCUGUAGUUUCUACAGCAGACUGUCAAGCUUAGUAAGUCAUGGAGUGACUUCUUGGUAUGGUGGUGGAAUGUCUUUACUUUGCCUUUUAUAGUACAUACGGUUGUGAGGCUGAUGUGACUGAAUAACACUGAUUUACAUCUGCACCAUUUAUAAUCUGAUUAACCUGUUUUGAAAGGGAAAUACUCAGAGUUCUUCCUCGUUGGACAAGUAAAUUUAUUUUAACAAAUAACAUCCAAAAUUACCAGAAGACUUUAUGCAAAAAUCAUAUACAAAUAAAAUGCCUUUUAUGCUUCUGCUGUAAGAUGUCCAGAGAGCUUUCUGUUGUUUAACUGAGUAAACCGCUCAAAUAUUUUACUAGUCUACUUUCUUCUUGGCAAGUACCUGCAUGGGCACUCUUCAUCAGUUAUGAAUGAAGAAGGUGUAUUUAUUCAAAUGCUUACCAAUAAUUUCUAUUGGUAACUUAGUACUCUCUCGAAUAUUUUGUAUUUUUAAUCUUUAAAAACGUUCCAGUUAGUUUUGUUUCUUAUAGAAAAGUGUCUGUCUGUUUUAAAAACCAGGAGAAUCUCAUUUAGGUAAGCCUGACAGUAAGCAGAACAUGUUCUGAACACUUGCAUUGUAUCAUUGGUGUUCAGAUACUAGAUUUUUGAAGAUUAAUCAGAUACAACAAAGAACUAAUGCUAAAAAAAUACUAUGUGAGGUAAGGACUUUUUAAACUUGGAUCUGAGACACAUAAUGGAGUCAUGUAAAGCCUUCAGAACAGACAACAGUUACGUGGCUUUAAGCUAACCUAAAGAGAUGAUGACGAUUGCACUGGUUGUUUACUAGGAGAUAUGAAUAAAACUGUUGGAUAGAAAUACCUCCUAGAAACACAGCUGCAAACAGACACAGAUAGAAAAGACCAGAGAGCUGUGGGGCACAAAAUGGACAUUUUUUCCUUUCUUUAGAUUCUCUAGUAUCAAAAACUGCCUUCACAGGAGCAUUUUCCAAAAUUGUAGACCAAAGUUUUCUAUUGUACUUAGCUGUGAAGAUGCAAGACACAAGUUACCAGACACAGAAUUUCUGCCAUCCUUGAUGCUGAGACUGAGUAAGAGGAAAGCAGGUAAUCUCAGGAGGGAAGCAUGGAAGUGUACAUGUAAGGUGCUGUUUUUAUUUCUGUUGUGAUAUAAGGGCCUUCUAUAUGUAGGUAAUUUCUUGCAGAGUUUGAUUAAUAUAUCAUGCUUAUCAGCUAUUUAAUUUUUAUCAGAUCUAUUUAUUCUUAAUAAAAAAAAAAAUCCACAAAGAAUUGUAGUAAUAUUGGUUUAAUUUGUGAAUUUUAUACAGGGAGUCCUGUAUGGCUGACCCAAACAUAUAUUUCAUCUUACCUUAAAGAACUGACUGCACUCUACCAAAAGAACACAGCCUAAUGGCUACUUUUCUGCAAGUACAUUGUUGUAGCAAGAGCUUAGUCUGAACUGUGUAUUUUUUUAAUCUAAAGACCAUGGGAAAAAUAAAUUGAGAAAAUAAGUGUGUAAUU